CCUUGUCGUCGACACUCACUUCCACAUCGUCAAACCGCCAAAAUGACAAAGAUCAACCACGGUCUGGCUUCCUCGAGGCGCAAGUCUCGCAAGCUUCACUACGAUGCUCCCUCCCACGCUCGACGAGUGAUCAUGAGUGCUCCUUUGAGCAAGGAACUGAGAGAAAAGCACAAUGUCCGCAGCAUCCCCAUCCGAAAAGACGACGAAGUCACCGUUGUGCGAGGCACCAACAAGGGCCGUGAAGGCAAGGUCACGUCCGUGUACCGAUUGAAGUACCUCAUCCACGUCGAGCGAGUGUCCCGCGAAAAGUCCAACGGUCAAUCCGUGCCCAUCGGCAUCCACCCCAGCAAAGUCGUCGUCACCAAGCUCAAGCUCGACAAGGACCGAGAAAAGAUCCUGGAGAGAAUCUCCAAGGGCCGCGAAGCCGUCAAGUCAAAGUCAUCUUGAUUUUCCCCUUUUCCUGGUUGAUGGGUUAUUUUGCGGGCUGGAGGUGAUGACGAUCCAGAGUAGAAGAAAAAAAAACAUGCCAACAUGAUUGAAGAAGAUUAUUUUUUUUUCUGUACCACGACGGGCCACCCGCUCUCUGUUUCUCCUUCAAGGGAAAGAGAACUGAAAGGCGGAGUCGGAGUGGGAGAGAAAACAAACAAGGAUCACGGGCAUAAUAACUUUUGACAAACAUUUUCCAAGAGCCACGUCCGUCGUCUCUACAUAACAAUUACACCCCGGCGUGGCCUCUCACAAUUUUGUCAAGCAUGAAUGGAAAAAACAAAAAUUCAAAAUCCGAGGCUGAUGAUGAUGAUGAUCCUCCUGCUGU